AUGAAAAGUGGUGGUUCAGCAUUAUUACCGUUACCUAUUGAUGCUCUUCAAUUAGAACAAGAAAUUCAACUAAUAAAAUUACUACAAAGUAAAGGAGCAAAUAUUCAAGAACUCAAUACUGUUCGACAAGCUAUGAGUCAACUUAAAAAUGGUGGACUUGCUCGAAUAGCUAAAGCAACAACUAUUAUUGGAUUAAUUCUUUCGGAUGUUAUUGGAGAUCCACUUGAAUUCAUUGCAUCUGGUCCAACAUUCUAUAGUGGCAGUAAAAAUCGACCAGCACUUGAUAUUUUCAAUAAAUAUGAUCUUAUGAAUAGUAUCCCUACGCAAUUUCUUCAACAUUUAAAAGAAAAUGAAAAUACAAACAAUGAUCAAAAUAUGUGA